CUUACGAUAUAUUAUACUUCGUUAAAAAAUUUAGGUUUUUAAAAGUAAUCAAAUAAUUACAACUACCAAGAUGGUAUUGUAUCGCACGCGUAUUAUUAUCAUAGUUUUGGUACAAAUACUGGUAAUUUUCAUCCGGGAAUCGGCGUGCAUAAACAAUCGGCGAGCGCUGCGAUUGGCCUCGAUGUCAGCGAUACGACGCACGAUGACGGAUAAUGCGAAAAAUAUGAGAAUGAUGACCUUACGUCGACCGGAAACAGCGCUAUUCGGCAUGAAAUUAUCGCCUCCGCGCCGCAUUAAAUCGCAAUCGGAAGUAGAUCUGGAAAUCGCCAUAAGUAUGCAUUACGAACAUACGGAAACAUCAAAUAACAAUAUAGACAAUGUCGGUAGCAUCGAUAAAAUGACUAAUGUCUUGCUGAAACCGAUGGACGCGUUAGAAACGUUCCAACACAUUUUAAACCGUAUUGUGCAACUGUUGUAUAAUUCCUACACCUCGAUAUUCGCCGACAUAAUCUUAAUCAGUUUCGUUUUGUCUCGGAACGAAAACGAUAACCAUAGGGUACAAUUCAAAACCGAGUAUUUAGACAUCGUGUGCUCAUAUAUACCUCGAAUUUUGGACUAUUUGUACAUAAGCCACAUCCCUAAAAACAUUGAAUAUUUCUAUUUAAACAAAUUUCAUUGCACGCUUUGUUACAGGAUGCUUAAUUUCGUAAAAAAAAACUGUACCGCCACCGACUCAGGUUACAUGAUAUGUACAACCAGAAAAGUGCAGGAAAUAUAUUCGAACAUCUUAUCGUAUUUGAAUCGCGACGACUUUCCUAAGGAGUCAAAUUACCAUGAAAUUGACAAAAUGUUUAUUAAAAGUGCGUACGAACACAUAAGCAAAAUCGAUAGGACAUUGAUAAUUGACUAUGCGCAUGUCGAGUUCAAUAUAUUUAAAGACGUGAAUAAGAGGUUUCACAAUGCUAUCAUACAGACAGCGGAUCCAAAAGCAAUAAGCGAAAUCGAUGAUCAAUUGCUAAAGGACAUUGUUAACAAUUUCUUGCGUAUUAAUACCGAAUACAUUAACGAGCUGAUGUUGAACACCUGUGAUCUAGUCUUAGACCUAUCCGAAGAGGAUGUAAAGGAUCUUUCAACGCCUACCGUGGUAAGUAAAUUAUUAUUAUACACGUUCCGAAGACUGGAAAAACAAUUUAAAGAUAAAGUCGACGAAUUCCAAGCCAAAUACGGCAAAAACGUAUUAACUCGUGUAAACGAGAAACGAAUUAACAAUGACGUUUUACAUGUAUUUAAAGGGUUAUGCGAUUAUACUCCGAAAAUUCUUCUAUAUUUGGCCGAACGUCGUGUCAAUAUCGGGUCAUUGUCUAGUCUGUACCUGUCGUUUUGUGGAAACCUUAUGGAUUUUAUCGAUUCCCGCUGUCCCCGUGUGUUUUCGAACGGUAACGUAGAAAAGAAUUAUACGGUGAGGUGUGUCACGGAAUCGAUAAAAGAUAAAUUGAUGUGGAAUUUGUAUACAAUAACUAAAAUCAUUUCGAAAAGAGAUCAAUAUACAAGCGUGUUGUGUACAAAUGUCCAUAAUAAAUAUAUUGAGAAUAUCCACGCGGCCCUGAUCGACUUCAGAUACCAGGAAAUCGGUCUGUGGCCUAUGUACAAUUGGUUGAGUGGAAAAUAUUUUUUCACCGAAGAUUAUGAUAACUCAUCAUUUAAUCAAAUUAAAGAAAACAUAAUUUACAUAAACGGUAUACCGUUUACAUUGUCGGAGAUUUACUAUCAGUUUUUACCGUUGAACACAAAGUUAGAAACCGUUUUCGCUUUUCACAACAUAAUUUUAGAUAACCUGGACGCAAUAAUGAACACUUACGUGUAUCGGUACGCGUUCACGAUCGUUUUAUAUCUGAAGCACAUGAACAAUAAGGUCGACAAACAAAGACUACUGAUUUUGGAUGGCUCUACCAUAUGGUAUGAAACAGGAAAGUCUAAGCUUUAUAAAUACCUUCGCGAUUUACCGGUCCCGUAUAAAUCUCCAGAAAACAUAGGGAAUAUGGUUUCCAAUAUUAAAUGUAUAAGCGACACUAUAACAAACGGUUACAGUGCGACCCAAUCGAUUCAAGAAAACAUUCCCCCCAAAAUUCUAAAAGAAACACGCGAAUGGGCCGAACCUCAGCUCGUUGGUAAAACCGGCACCGAUUACUUGAAUCGUUUAAACGAAAUCUUAAUCGACAAUUGUUUGAACGCUAUGGAAAUUGCGUCUAUUUUCGUUAACAUUGCAGUGAAAUCGGAUGUAAUAAAAAUAAAUGUGUUCAGCGAACAAUUUUCUUUUACUACUGAUGAGUUAUUUUGCGCAGAGCAUUUAUCCAAGAUCUACAGUACCAGCUAAAUUAUUGACAUUACCACACAUCUAAUAAUAUAAUAUUAGUGCUAGCAUGUUUUAUUUAAGUUUAAAAUUACAGAAAUACAAAUAUAUACUAUUUUUUAAAAAUUUUGAUUUUGGAUUUACAUCAUUGAUUAUUUAGAUAUUUUAGUUUAUGUAUACUAUUAUGAUUAAUAACCAUACAUAGUUGAUAAACUAUAAAUAAGGUAUUGAAUAUUACACUUAUAAAUUAUUUUUUAAUUUUUCGCACGAUAUACUUAAUUUGGUUUUUUUUUUUUAUCAAAUAAUACAAUUCACAUCGGAAUGGUUUGAUAACAAUAUGGCCAGCUGUAAAAUUUAGGAAAACCAGUCAAAAUAUCGUAUUAAAAAUGUCGCGAAAAGAAAAAUGUCACAACAUAAAUAGUAUGUAAUUAUAGAACACGAUUUAUUGGUUUUUUUUAGAUUCUGAGUCGAGCGAAGAAGUGUAUGAUUUUACAUUGGAAUUUUUUUAUCGUUAACGUCGAACGCGUUUUGCAAUGCCGGGAACUGUCAAGAUCGAGAUUUCAAACCGCUACUAUAUGAAUAUUUAUAAUCGGAGAAGGAUAUUUUAUAUGCACUAAAAAUCCAUGAAAAAAAAAACGCUUGUAAAUACUGUAGAAAAAAAACGGCAGACCUAACCUUCGAAAAUUAUAUUUAAAAACAUUAAUUUUCGAACACUACACAAAUGAUCGACACGCGACCUUUUUUUUUUAAAUAAAAAAAGUAUUUGUUAUUACGUUAUAUAAAAAAUAUACUUUGUAUCAAUCAUAUUUUGGGGUUUGAUUAUUUUAUUAGAAACAUUAGAGCUGAGAUUUGUGGCGGUGCUGCCACGGAAUAUUAGUCACCGGAAAACUUAAAUUACGUCAAAACUAAUGAGUACAAAGAUAAUUCAGAAAUCGCACAUAAUAAACAAAACGUAAAACUAUUACACGUACCUCGCAGCGGUCAAAAUCUAAAAAAUGUCGUUACGUGGACUAUACAUUGUGUCGAUGUUCAAGUAGAUUCACUUUGAAUUACCGCUGUACACAGUGAUAAAUUAUCGUUUAACAUUUUAAACCGCAAUGUUGAAAUAAUAUACGUGCAGCGUAUACUUUUGCGAGGUUCAUUUUUGUCAGAGAAAAAUAUAAAUCGAUAACAAGACAAAUAGAAAAUUUCGAGCACAAGUCGGAAAGCGUAUAAACUAUCGAAAGCACAAGUUGCAGUAGGUAUUUAAAACGGUAAAAUAGAUCCGAUCUGCCGAUAGGUGUGCCGCUGUUGUAUCGGUGAGAAGUUGGGAACGUAGGAUGCAUAGUUAUUUAGUUUAUAUGUACAUAUAUACGGCGUGUGAUCGUUACAAUUAAUAUCAUCGUAGCCGAAAUGAGAAAUUGUUGUCAACGGAUUACGAUUCAGAGCAAACAGAGCGGGAUUUAGAUUUUCGGAUGAUCGCGGCAAAUCUUUUUUUGAAACUCUUUAGGUAAAAAAAUUUAAAAAACCUAUAUCUAAAUAGUCAAGGAAAAAAUUUGAAAUUCGCAAACUUUUCUCGUUAUAAUUAUCUACCAAAAAUGUAUUUAUUUCCAGUUUGAAAUACUGCCGUUCAUGUCUCAGUAAUUUCAAUGUUCAUUUAAAUAUAGUAAUGUUAUAAUAUUUGUAUUAAACCUACCUCGUAAUUAUACGAGUCAAAAUAAGUAAAUUAAUCUCAUAACGUUUUAUUUAUUACAAUUUUAAAAUAAAAUCUUUGCAAUGUUAUAUUUAUGAUUUUAAAACAAAAAAGGCGGACAUACAUCGCACAUUCACGCAGCCACUGUGAUUGGUGAAAAGUUGGAAAGGUAG